AUGUUUCUCAAUCAAACAACAUACUCUACUAGCAAUGGUCCAGCUGCAGUAGUACUAUUCGAUGUAAAUAACGAUAGCAACCUCGAUAUUGCUGUUGCAAACUACAAUUCAAACAAUCUCGGAAUUCUCCGUAAUGCAGGAAAUGGCACAUUCUUGACUCAAGUUACUUAUUCAACAAGUGUUAAUCCAGCAGCAGUUGCAACAGGCGAUUUAAAUAGUGACAACAAACUCGAUAUCGUUGUCGCUAACUAUGGUUCUAAAAACAUUGGUGUUUUCUUGAACGCAGGUAAUGGCAUAUUUCUUUCCCAAAUUGCUUAUGCAGUUGGCAAUAAUCCACGAGAAGUAAAAAUAGUCGAUGUGAAUAAUGACAAUAAACUCGAUAUAAUUGUCGCAAACCAAGGUUCAAAUACUGUCGGUGUUCUUCUUAACACAGGCAACGGUACUUUUCUCAAUCAAAUGAUUUACUCGGUUGGUAGUAGCCCAUAUUUCUUAGCAAUAGCUGAUGUAAAUGGCGACAAUACACUUGAUAUUAUUGUCGCAAAUCAAGGUUCGAACAACGUCGGCAUUCUUAUCAAUACCGGUAAUGGCACAUUUACUUCUCAAGUUACUUACUCAGUUGGUACGUUCCCAACACCAAUUGUAGCAGCGGAUGUAAAUAGUGAUAACAAAUGCGAUAUUAUUGUUGGAAAUUUUAAUUCGAACAACGUUGGAGUUCUCCUCAAUGCUGGAAAUGGCACAUUUUUCACUCAAAUUACUUACGCAACUAGUUCCAAUCCACGAGCAGUGGUAGUAAACGAUGUGAAUAACGAUAAUAAACUCGAUAUAAUUGUUGCAAACUCCAACGCUACCAACAUCGGCGUUCUGAUCAAUGCAGGCAAUGGUACCUUUCUCAGUCAGACUACUUACGCAUCUGGUAGUACUCCAAUAUCAGUUGCAAUAGGUGAUGUAAAUAACGAUAACCAACUCGAUAUUGUUGUCGCAAACUAUGGUUCCGCUAAUGUUAGUGUUCUUUUACAUUGCUAA